CCUUCGUCACUUUUAAAUAUAAUUGACCCCACACACAAAGAACCUCCCAUCAACAACAACAACUUCCCAUCUAACCAUUUACUAUUUAAGGAAACCCAUCCUUUGAAUUUCUUUCCAAUGUGAUUUUACGUCGUAAAAUUCGAGUUCAUUCGCAUUCAUUCGAUACCCGCGACAUCUUCCUUAUCUCAUUCCAAUACUUACACGUUCUAUCGUAUCGCGAUCAAUGUUACGCUCAGACCUUUUCAGCGAUAUCUCCAGUCUCUAACGACUACCUAUUGAGUGUCGCCGCUUGGUCACCUAGUCGCUUAGUCGCCUAAGUCGCUCCUUUUCGCGAAGAACAUUCAAUUGCCGCCAUGGCCCCCAUUGUCGCUGCCGUUCCUCCACCACCUACGCCCAAAAUCAAACGGCCGCCACCGCCCGGUAUCCAGACAAAUGGAGUAUCAUCAUCCCAGUCAUCACCGUCGCCGAACAUGUCUGCCAAGCGCCCUCCACCGGCCGUCGCUAAGCAACAACUCGGCCAAUCUGCCAAUUCUGUUGCCCAAAAUGGCACGAAUGGAACUUCUCAUCGGCCAAACCCAGCCCGGUCAAGACGCGAUACCACCAGUCAUGCCCCCGGUCGUAAUCAGAGGAAUAACGCGUCUUUAAAGUCCGCUACCUUGGCUCCUGAUAUGACUCUGCACCAGUCAUUUGAACCCCGACCAGAAGUGGUUACCGAUGAUUACAUCCUGAAGAAGUAUGCUGGUCAACCUCCAUCGUUAAUACUACAUCUCCACCCCAACCAUUUUCGAUUCGACCAGCAAGAUAGCGUCUUCCCCUACAAAUCCCCGAUGAAGCUUUUCCUCGAUCAUGUUCGAGGCCGGACAAUACCUCAUGACAUGCUACAGGAUCUCAAUGAGGCUGGCGUUGUUUUUUACGAGGGCUGCCUAAUUGUGCAAUUACAUGACCACAAAACGCCUGCGCAAUCUAAAGAACUUGUGCGCCCGGCAUCCAAGUCUAACGCAGCUAAGCCUUCGUCUAUACAUAACUAUAACCCUUAUAUUACACCAUCCUCGUACGUUUCAUAUCCGAAAGAGAGCGCCGAAAAUGGACUUUCCGGAGCAGAUGUAAAACCCACCGAUGGUGAUCCUGGGGAUAAGGAGAACAUGCCGGCGCCGCCCGCGCCCAGCGAUGCGCAAAAGACCAAAGUGCCAUCAAAAGCGAAAGUAUUCACGGUUGUUCUACAUCCAACCCCACAAAGCUUACACGUCGACCUAAUGAUUAAGGCAUCUACGCCACGUAGCUCUGGAGAUGGCAAGAAUGGUGCAGAGUCUAGUGUUGUCCCUCCCACUCCGAUGUCUGCGGUACCACCCACCCCGACCGCUGUGAGUAUGCCGCCACCAGCUAAGAAGCAGAAGCGAGAGAAGAUGGAACUGGACCCGGGUAGCAUAUACGCCGCCGAAGCACAGAUUUUACUUGCGACCUCCGCUCCUCUACACCUAGAAGUUACCAAGAAUAAGGAAGAGGCCAUCGCUCUUUUGGAACAUAUGGCCGAUGCAUAUCACUCAGAGCCUCCGCCGAAACCGAAGACUCGAAAACGCACUGUGGCCGAAAGAGCCGCCGAUGAGGCCCUUGCAGCUGAGCAAGAGAAGUACAUGCUCACAUUUGACGAACGCCGCUCAGCCACUGUUAGCGGAGCUCAAACCGAGGCUGACGGCGCGGAUGGAAAUGAUCAACCCGGUACUAGUACUUUUGAGCCCCGCUUCGAAAGAUUCAAAGUGCUUGCCGAUAUCAAGAGGGCGCACGAGGAGAAGAAAGAGCAAGAGAAGAUUCGGCAAGCAGAGAAUGAACGCAAACUUCAAAUACAAAAGCAGGAGCAGCAGGCCGCCGCUCAAGUGCAACGACAGCAAGCCGAACAAGAAAGACUCCGUCGGGAAGAAGCUAGUCGGCAAGCCCAGCUACGGCAACAGCAGGAAGCACAGCGUCGUUCCAUGGCCCAACAACAAGCCCAGGCUCAAGCUCAAGCUCAGGCCCAGGCCCAGGCCCAGGCCCAGGCAGCUCAAUCACCGCAGAACAAGCCGAUGAACCAAAUCCCACAGCCAUCACAUGGUCAUCCGGCACAGAACGGGAUGCCCACCGUUGGCGUUCCGGGCCAGGCUCCUCACAGAUUCCAGCAGGUUUCGCAACCGCCUGCCUCAUCUCCAGUCGUCCGCCAGAAUACCCCCCAAAACAUGUCAAGUCCUAUGGUUGGCAACGUUCCCAUGCAACAGACCAAUUCUGGCAUGGGAGCUACCCCCCCGCGGUCGGCCUCAGUGACACAAGCUCACGGGCCAAUGUCCGCUCCCAUGGCGGUUAGCAUGUCCGGCCGAGGCAGUCAAAGUCAGCAGAGCCACCACUCGAACACGCCCCGUAUGACGAAUGCGACGCCACAAAUGCAGCACGGUACCCCCAACAGCCGAUCGAUACCUACUCCCAGAAUGACACAAGCUAGCCCACCACCUGGCAUGAUGGCCCAGAAUUCACACAUGGGCCAAAUGCUCAUGGGCAAUCAGAACAUGGGCCAGCCUGCGCAAAAUACUUUCUAUGCUGCUCAAAUCGCUGCUCAGCAGCGAAGAAUCGCGCAACAUCAACAGCUACAAGCGAUGCAGAAUGUCAACACGAUGAACGGGCAUAACAACCCACAGAUGCAUAAUUCGACAAUGCAGCAGCAGUUCCUGCGGCAGCAAAUGCUGAACAUGAACAUGCAGAAUCCGAACAUGAUGAACGCUGCUCAGCAAGCCCAGAUUGCACAAAGAUACCAGCAGCAGCUCAACACCCUACAGCAGCAGCAACAGCAACAGCAGCAACAGCAUCAGCAAAUGCAAGCACAGAUGCCCAAUCAGCAAAUGAGUAAUCCGAACAUGAUGCAUGCGGCCAAUGGCAUGAAUCCCGCCCAAAUGGCAGCCAUGCAGCAGCACAUGCAGCAUCAGUUGCAACAGCAGGGGCAGCAGGGAUUGGCCAAUAACCCACAAGCCCAGAUUCGGCACAGGCAGGCUAUACUGUACCAGCAGAAUCUCCCCCAGCUCUUGGAAAGAUUUGGCGGACCUGCGAAUAUCCCGCCCGACAUACACAAUCAGUUUAAACAGACGUGUUACAAGAAGGCAUAUGAGCAGGUUCAACAAGAUACUCAACGACGUCGGAUAGCAGCGCAAAACAUGCAAAAUGGGAUGCAAAAUGGGAUGCAAAACGGGAUGCAAAACGGGAUGCAAAACGGGAUGCAGAAUGGCAUGCAGAAUGGCAUGCAAAACGGCAUGCCAAAUGGGAUGAAUGGAAUGAUGCAGCAAGGCAUGUAGAGGGUGGUGGUAUCAAAGGUACCUCACGACAUUGGAGAUUGAAGAUUAUUAUCUCCUGAAGUGGCCGGAAGCGAGCAGCGAGUGUCAGAGCUGCAUUUUACGACACAACUUCGAACCUGUACAAACCUGAUGUCUUCGCUACAGUUUUCACGCAUCGCUUUAGUAGCAGAAGUCUUGAUUUUUUAUUUUAUUUAUUUGGGAUUGGGGCCAAGCCAUAUCGGAGUUGAGGACGGGCUAUUGGCAUUUUAGCUUCAUGCCUUCAUUGCUUUUAUGAUUCAGUGUCAUUGUUGUAAGCCAUUACAACUUGGUGGCUUGGGCGUAUUCCAGUAUACCCAUAUUGACUUUUACGGAGUUCUGAUUUUCACGGCAUCACGAAUAAUGGGAGGAGGCAUUGUAGGUGGUAGUCGUCCACCUCAUGGCGUAUGAUAUCUUUGUACUUGGUACAGUCGUCUUUUGGGUUUAACUAGGUACCUAGGUAUACUAGUAUUCACAUUACAUACUUAUGAAAUGGCUCAUUGCCUUUCAAUUGAAUAUACAGGUCACAGGUGUCUUGUUUAUCUAGUCACUUCCAUUGUUGAUCUUGGACAAUUUUUUUAAUGUACAAAAUUAGAGAAGUGUUUGAAUAGGGGGUAUCACGUGACUCUCUACAUGGCGCAAGUACAUAGUAGAUAAUAGUUAGC